GCAUCGAUUUGUGCAUUUAAUUGUGCGGUUCGGUGCGUGUUUAAUUGCGCGUUGAAUUGUGCAUCGAAUUGCGCAUCGAAUUGCGCGUUCAAUUGCAUGCUUCGGUGCGCAUUGAAUUGCGCGUUGAAUUGCACGUUUAAUUGCAUGUCGAGUCGUUGCGCGUCAAAUUGCGUCGUUCAGUGCACGUUAAAUUGCGCGUUGAAUUGCACGUUUAAUUGCAUGUCGAGUUGUGUGGUGGGUUGCGCGUUAAAACGCGCGAGUCGGCACAUGUCAAAUUGCGCAGUGCGGUGCGGCCAAUGUUUAUCGAUUUGCGCCGAGCCAACGUCCGUGAACAAAACAGCUUCACAAAAUGCCGUACAGCCUACACGGACAACGUUGGACAAGCACUGCACACUUCAGUGCGCGUCAAAUUGCGUGGUUCGGUGUACGUUAAAUUGCGCGUUGAAUUGCAUGUUUAAUUGCACGUCGAGUUGUGUGGUGGGUUGCGCGUUAAAAUGCGCGAGUCGGCGCAUGUCAAAUUGCGCAGUGUGGUGCAGCCAAUGUUUUGUGAUUUGCGCGUUAAAUCGCGGUGCGGUGCGGUGCGGUGCAGUGCGGUGCGGUGCGGUGCGCGGUCCCGAACAAAAAAACAAAAACAACUCAUGCACCGGGAUCGAGCCGGCGACCGCGGUUUCCAUUCAGUGUCGGAGCUAG